AUGUCUGCAAACAAUACACUCCUAAUCUGCACAACUUUUCUAACAGAAGUUCUCAACAAAAAAUCUGGAAUCAUAAAUUCUGUCCAUAUCCCUCAAUUUAUUGACAAACUUUAUCAAAUCCUCACCCUUACUGAAACUCAGCUAAAAGUCAUAGUUAAACCAUUCGGCAAAAAUUGUUUACAUUGCGGAAGCUAUAUCCCUAGUUUUAACUUAUCUUCUGCUAUCGGCCUAUGAUGCAAACCAGCAGAUCAUUUCUUUUGCUCAACUGCCUGCUUAAAAAGGCACGCAUUAAUGUCUACUAAUAGCACCCUGCUUGAUCUUGACUACGUAAGAUGCCCAAUCUGCAGAAGUUCAAUAUCAGUUGAACAAAUAAACGAAGCCUUUGAAGGAAAAAUUGAAGAAAUCCAAAGAGACGCAUGUGAUCGUGCUUUAAACAUGCUAUUAGACGAUGAAAGCAAAGAGCAGCUUCUCCCGAAGUUUACAUGUCUGAUUUGUUAUACAGAGCUUAAAGUAGACCAAGGAAUCACAUUGGAAUGCGACCACAGAUUUUGCGUGAACUGCAUAAGGCAGCAAGUCGAAAUGUUAAUAGAGUCAGCACAGGUAAGUGACGAAAAAUUAAAAUGUCCUAAUUGUCCUCAAGCUUUAUCGGUAUAUGAAAUCGAAGAUAUUGUAGGUCCUGAAUUGUUUGCAAAAUAUGAAAAAUUCAGACUCAGAGGGCUGAAGCUGGAGCCAGGUGAUGAAAAUUCUUAUAUUUUUCAUUGUAGAGGGGCUGAUUGUGAGUAUAUUUGUAUUAUUGAAAAGGGGGUUAAUGAGUUUGAAUGUCCGAAGUGCAAUUUUAAAUGCUGCCCAAUGUGUAAAGAAGACAUUCAUAAAGGCAGCACUUGUGAGCAGUACGCGAAGUGGAAAGAAGAAAAUGCGAAAGGAGAUAAAGAGUUUGAACAAAUGCUAAGGGAUGAAGGGCUGCUAAAGUGUCCUGAAUGUGGAGCGGCAGUUCAAAGGAUUUCAGGAUGCCAGUAUAUGGUGUGCAGUUCAAGCCAAUGCCAAGGGAGAACUUUCUUUUGUUAUGAUUGUGGGAUAAAACUAGAACAAGACCAUGGAGCUCAUGACUGUAAACCUAGAAAUCACAAUCCAGCACCAGCUGUACCUCAUGCAAUUCCUGUAAGGCCCUUACCUUUUGGUAUUCUUCCAGGUAGAAGAAGAGGAGGCAGAAAUCCGAAAAAUCCGAAAAGGCCUGUGAGGCAUAUGAGGCAACUAUCAUAG